UCCUGAAGUCCUGGCAGUGCGCUCUAAUCAGAUAAAUGAGGCUUUGUUUCACACUAAUUUAUACAGCAUGUGGAGGAGGAGGCGGAGGAGGAGGAGGAGGAGGAAGAUCGUUACCUCUCUCAGUGGCCCAGGGUUACUUACGGGGAAUGAAGUCACAAGGCAGCUGAAUGGAAUAGCAGCGUUUUUGUCUUCUCUGCUCUGGAAGUGUCACAGGGGACCCAUCCGAGAGUGGGACUAAAGACUUCAGGAGGAUAGCGACCGGGACUACAGGGGAACCAGGGCUUCUGGACCAGCAGAGAACCGGGGAGCCUUUCUAAGCUGGUGUGGACGGGCGUGGUUCCAGCUGUAAUGGACUGGCCAGAGGGGGCUCUGACCCCAGCUCUGAUGGCAGUGAUGAGGGCGUGUCCACCUGGGGGGCUGUCCCUCCUGACUCUCUCUCUCCUCCUCACCUGCGUCUCCUCUCUCUCUCAGCCGCUGCCCAGAGUCUUCCUGCCCUUUGAAGAGCUCCGGGCGUCUCAGGCCUUCGAUCACCACAGCCUGUCGGAGAAGCCCAUGGACUACAGGAUCCUGCUGGUGGACGAGGACCAGGACAGGAUGUACGUGGGCUGUAAGGACCACGUCCUCUCCAUGGACAUCAACAACAUCACGCAGGGCCUGCUGAAGGUGUUUUGGCCUGCCUCCACCAGCAAGAUAGAGGAAUGUCAGAUGGCUGGCAAGGACCCCACGCAUGGUUGUGGGAACUUCAUCCGAGUGGUUCAGCCCAUUAACAGAACCCACCUGUUCAUCUGUGGGAGUGGAGCCUACAGUCCUGUGUGUGCCUACAUCAACCGAGGGAGGAGACCUGAGGAGCAAGUGUUCCACAUUGACUCGCGAGCGGAAUCUGGCAAGGGCCGCUGCUCCUUCAAUCCCCAGGUCAACACUGUCUCCGUCAUGCUCAACCAGGAGCUGUUCUCAGGCAUGUAUAUUGACUUCAUGGGGACAGAUGCUGCCAUCUUCAGGAGCCUCACCACCAGGAACGCAGUGAGGACAGACCAGCACAACUCCAAGUGGCUGAGUGAACCCAUCUUCAUCGAUGCCCAGUUGAUACCAGAUGGAUCGGACCCCAACGAUGCAAAACUUUAUUUCUUCUUCCGGGAAAGACUGACAGACAACAGCGGAAAUACCAAGAACAUUCACACCAUGGUCGCCAGAGUGUGUCCGAAUGACAUUGGAGGCCAGCGGAGCUUGGUGAAUAAGUGGACCACCUUCCUGAAGGCCCGGAUGGUGUGUUCAGUGCUAGAGGAGGAUGGCACUGAGACCCACUUUGAUGAGCUUGAGAGUGUGUUUUUACUGGAGACUGAGCAGCCUAAAAGCCUGCUGGUGUUUGGAGUCUUCACGUCAACAAGCUCCGUGUUCAAGGGCUCGGCCGUGUGUGUGUACAACAUGGCUGACAUUCUGACCGUUUUCAACGGGCCGUUCGCACACAGAGAGGGGCCCAACUUCCAGUGGGUGGCCUACCAGGGCCGCAUCCCAUACCCCCGGCCUGGGACUUGCCCUGGUGGGGCGUUCACUCCAGACAUCCACUCAACCAAGGAGUUCCCAGACGAGGUGGUGACGUUCGUCAGAAACCACCCAGUCAUGUUUAAUUCCAUCUACCCAAUCGGCAGACGGCCCCUGGUGGUGCGCACCAACGCUGACUACAAGUACACGUCCAUCGCUGUGGACCAGGUCAUCGCUGCUGACGGCCACUACCAGGUGCUGUUUCUGGGAACAGAUAAAGGAACAGUGCAGAAGGUGAUAGCCUUGCCUACCAAUCGUUCCCUGGACGAGGAUCUAAUCCUGGAGGAGCUGGAAGUGUUUAAGAACCAGGCACCAGUGACAAACUUAAGGAUAUCGUCUAAAAAACAACAACUUUACGUCAGCUCCGAGCAUGGGGUCUCCCAGGUGUCCCUGCACCGUUGCCAUGCCUACGGGGAGGCAUGUGCUGACUGCUGUCUGGCCAGAGACCCCUACUGUGCCUGGGACGGCCUGAGCUGCUCGCGCUUCUACCCCUCUGGCAAGAGGAGAAGCAGGAGGCAGGACAUUAUCCAUGGAAACCCUCUAACACAGUGCAGGGGAUUCAAUCUGAAAGCUUACAGAAAUGCAGUGGAGAUGACGCAGUACGGAGUGAAGAACAACACUACCUUCCUAGAGUGUCUGCCCAAAUCACCCCAGGCUUCCAUCCGCUGGCUCAUCCAGAGAGACAACGACAGGCGGAAAGAGGUAAAGCUGAGUGACAGGGUGCUCUCCACAGAGUACGGCCUGCUCCUACGCUCUGUCCAGCUGUCCGACCAGGGCCUGUACUACUGCCUGGCUACCGAGAACACCUUCAAACGCACCGUGGCCAAAAUCCGUCUGCGGGUCCUGAGCGAGGCCAUGGUGAGCGUGCUGACAGACAAGCAGCAAUCCCCCUGGGCGUGGGCCAGCUCCCUCCACCCCAAGGCCCUCCUGGCUGCCUUCAGCCCUGCAGAGAGCCUGGCCGUGCAGCAGUACUGCAAGGAGAGGAAGCAGCUCCAGAGCAUGCACCAGGGAUCCCUCCGGGGAGACCUGGCCAAGCUCAAGCCCAUGAUGGACCACAGGAAGAGCCGGAACCGCCGGAAUCACCUACCCGGGGUUUGAACGAAAGGGUUAGGAGGAGUGUGGUGACUCGGUGAUAGACGCACACACUCACAUACUACCCCCCCUCCCCCACACACACACUCACACACACACACUACAACAUAGACUGAUGUUCCACCCAGUGGAUCUAAAGGCUUACUCUGGUCCCUGCUCCAUGUCGUGUAUGGUGGAGUUGAAUGUGAGGGACUGUGAGCAUGGCCUGGGCUUUCUCUUGUCUUACACUAUAUGCAUGAGGCGCUCGCACCUGAGGACUGGGAUGCAGUAUACACAAACACAAUACAAAUGAUGUGGAUUCAUGAGUUACAAUCGAUCGUCACAAAUGUCUUUCUUUCUUCAGCUUGAGAGCUUUAGGUCGGCUUCAAACAAACGCACAGCCUACAAGUAAUCAUGGCUGGUCAAUGUCAAUCACAUUGUGGAGUGUGUGAGUAUGUUUUACUGUGGACACUGGCUAUAAGGCUCGGCCCUGAAAAGAUCAUGUACAAUUAUAGUCAAACUGUGUUUCUGUUUACAUCUACUUCACUUAAUCUUUUUGCUAAAUCUACAGAGUUAUGUUCAAGUUGUCUUGUUAACUUGUAUUCUUAAAGGUAUGCUCAGAAUUUUUGUUCUGUUGACAUGGAAAGUCCUGCUCCUCCCAGGGUUCCUAACUGUUUCUUUAUCUUAUGUUCCACCAUGGCGGUCUAUACAAAGGACAGAUAUAUGGUGUGGUACUGUGUAAGUUGUCCUAAUAAAACAUACUGUGGUGUCGGAAAUUAAAACACAGUGGAUAGGCCAAAGUACUCCUCCAGUUCAGCUGGCACCCAUAUGCAAAAACCUCAUACAUUGGCUGGAACAGGAACCUGGAAGCUUGGCUAUGCACACAUGCCUGAACACACACACACACUCACGCUCACGGGUGAUACGUUCUUGUGUUUAAGCACAGAGGCAUGUUAAUGUGGACACGCUUUAUCGAAAUGUCAUACCAUGUCCUGAUUGGGUACUCUAUGUACUGAUUGUGGUUGCUAGGUUGCAUUUAAUCUGUGUAUCCCAUGAGUGCAGAUGUGCCUCCCAAGACAAUAGCCAAAGCAGAAUCUCCCCUCAUUCACAUACAUACACCCUAGCACAUACCCUGUCCCACACACAAACACAUUGGUAAACACAUACAUGCUAAAUAUUCUAAUAGGUUUCCAAAACUGAGGAAUUCUUGUUGCUAAGCCUUCACUUCUGAAUCAAUACACUAUAGCCGACAUAUUGCAACAUGGUGUUGCUACACUGAUUGAUUGCAGCUUGGCUGUGCAUGCACUAAUUAGCUCAAGCAUUUUAAUACAGUUCAACUUUAAUUUAAGGAAAACACAAAACCUUUUGGCUAACAUUGCUACUUUGUUGACAAAUCGUUCUGGCCAAUCUGUUUGAUUUAUACACUGUGUUUCACAUCAAGCAACCAAUUCAUGCAUGGCUAGUUUUUUUGUCACUGUACAGAAGCAUGUGCCUUUGUGGCUGUUUCUGGUCUUAGAUGGUCUUGGAUUUCGUAGUCAGUAUAAUUCAGUGUUUUGUUCAACUAGGGGAAUAUUUUUCCUUUCCCUGAAAGCCAGCAGAAUCAAGAAAGACAUAAUGAAACUAUUAUCAAAGCUAUCAUAGUGAAUUACUCAUUUGACUCAAAGUUUGGGAGAGGGUCAAACUAGCUUCCUCAUUUUAUAUAGUGUGAAUAAUUCAUUCAUUGUGGUUUCGCCAAGUAUAGCCAAUGUAGAUAUAGAUGUCUUUGGUUUGUGUACAGUUCAUUUCUUAUUUUCAUCAUUGUAACUUAUGUUAAUGUUGGACUUUUGUGGAUAUGUGUUCAUCAGUGUGACCCUACUGUAUAUAAUUUCAACAUAUUCAUUCGGUAACCAUGACUGUAUCUGCACAUUGCAGAGAUAUAUUUUCAAAUUAUUUUUUAAUACCUAACAUAUUGUUCCCAUAGGUUCGUCAUCAUCACAGUUAAUGUUGUGUCAAUGUUGUGUCAAUGCUCUCAUGAAACUUAUGUAUUACUAUUUAUUAAUGUAAUGUCAGCCUGAAUAAAUACAUUAAACUGUAUGUGAA